UUCUGUAGGGGUAGUUUGAUUCGCAGCCAUGAUACGAUACAUCGCAGUCCUAGUUAUUUUCGCGGCGGCGCGGGCCAUGCCUGCGCUCGACAAGGAGCCCAACGAAAUCGGAGUAUUCGGGUCAAUAUUAGGAGUUGUCAAAGAAUGCGUUGAUGGAGAUACUUCUUUGUGUAUAAAGGAGAAGACGUUGAAAUAUGUGGAGGCUGUAAACUCCGCGCGGGAGUUGGACCUUGCUGAUGGAGUGGCGAUACUUAGCAAUGGUUCCCCUCGGUCUGCCAGGGCCUUGGAGCCAUUGUCCGAAGAGCCUAAAGCAAGAGAAGCCCAGAUUGAGUCCAGGCUGGUGGAUUCAGCUGCCGAUUUCUUGGAAAACCAUGUGAUCCAGUUCAAACUGCCCUCAUCGACUGUUGAGGGUAUGAAGAGGUCCCUCGAGGAAGCCCGUGGCAAGAAGAAGAAGAUCAAGCAGCUCCUUCCCCUCCUCGCCCUCGCCAAGUUGAAGAUCACCGCUCUCAUUCCUCUGUUCUUGGGCAUCAUCGCCUUCGCCGCUGCCAAGGCUGUCCUCCUCGCCAAGAUCUCACUCUUGGUCGCCGGUAUCAUUGCCUUGAAAAAGCUUUUGGCAAGCAAACACCAUGAGACCAGCUAUGAAGUAGUAGCCCACCCACACCAUGAGGAACAUUACGCCAGUAGUGGACAUGGCUGGGGAAGAUCCAUCGAUGAUGGACAGGAUCUAGCAUACUCAGCUCACGCUAAAACUGAUUAAGUCUUUACACUUCCCCAAGGAGCAAUUCUAAGUCCUUUGCGUUUUGUAACAUAGUGUGAAAUGGAAUGUACUGAGUUUAUUUAUUGUAGUUUAAGGCGUAUUUAUUGAUUAUUCUACGACGAAUUUCCCUUUGUAAGGGAUUUUUUUGGAUGCGAGUUUUGUUACUGUUUUCCCAUAAAAUGUUGUUCUAAGUUUGUAUGGUCUUUUAUGCUGUACUAUAUUAGAAUUUUCACAACCUAUACGGUAUCCGUAUUUGUGUAUUUUGUACUUCAAAAUGUUUUAUUUUGUUCUAUUUACUGUCUUAGAUUUAUUAUCUAGUCCUUUCUUACUAAGUCCUUA